AUGUCGCUAUUCGGUAAUCUUGGCGGAAACAAGCCGCCGACCAACACCGGCUCAUCGCUUUUUGGCAACACUGGAGGAGCUACCGGACAACCAAGCUCGCUGUUCGGCGGCGCCACGAACACUCCCCAGACUGGAACCACCCCGAGCCUCUUCGGGAAUGCUGGCGCCCAGAAGACGACUGCGCCGGCUUCUGGUGGUCUCUUUUCAUCAGCUCUCGGCGGCGGCCUAGGGUCCAGCACGAACACCUCGCAGCAACCAGCGAGCGGAACCGGCGGUGGCCUGUUUGGAGGCUUGGGUGCUUCCACGACACAAACACAACAACCUUCCGGCGGUGGGCUUUUUGGUGGACUUGGAGGGGCGGCCGCUCAGCAACCUGGCCAGCAAGCAAAUGCCCAGCAACCUGGCCAGCCGCAGUCCCAACCCAACCCGCUUUCGCAAUCGCAGGCGCCUGGCUCUCAGUCAGCCUACUUCGACCAUCUUCUCGAGAGAGGAAGGAAAAGGGCUGUUCAAGAAAAUGGAGCCACACCCUUUGGCGACCUGCCGACUCUGCAGCUUGGAUUGGGGGAUAUUGCGCGGAAAGUCAGAAACCUGGGCACCGGAGGACCUUCUGCGCCGCAGGUUCGCGACAGUAGAGCGCACUAUUUGCUCGCCGCGUCGGGAGUGAACACUGGUUCCGCGCUUCGGGACCUUAACCAAUUCAGCGCCUCGGCAGGCGUCAGCGCUACGACAAACAUCCCAAGCUCGGUUGACACAGAUAUCGGAGCGUAUAUUUCGAACCUACACUCCCAGUCUACCCUGGCCAUGAUUGCGGAAGGCCUAGAGCAAUCCAAGAAAGACUUCGAUACUUUCUUGGAAGAUAAUAUUCAGAUGGAAUGGGAUGCGCAGCGUAGGCGCAUUUACGAGCAUUUUGGUCUGGGCCGGCAGGUGGAAAACCUGGAAGCGAGCGCCGCCCCGUCUUCAGGGCCUAUCGCACGAGGAGCGUUCGGACGCUCGAAGAGGAGAGGUCGUGGCCUCGGUGCUUCGACUGUUGGUGGUAAUGGAAUGUCUUUUGCUGCCUCUGCAAUGAACAGAUCAGUCAUUGGCACUCCUACGGCAGGUAGCGGACGUUUGAAUGGGUUUGCUGAUCCCACCAGCGGCACCGGCCUACAACCCAUCCCCGAGAGCCGCGUCAUGAGGGACAAACAGGAGAAGUACACUGAUAAGGUUAAGCAAUUGAACAUUGCCCGCCUAGAAGAGAACUCAUACCCCGUGCUCGCGGAGUUCGCUGGGGUGGAGGCAGGCACAGACACUUCUGGGUACCUGGAAGGCGCGUACCAGGCUCUAAGUGAGAUCAUUGGUGAGGACAGUGGGAACGUCAAGGAGCGGCAGUUUGCUCAAGAGUACCUGGACGAGUCACCGCACUCAGGAAAGAGCGUGGCAAUGCGGAAGAGGAUUCUCGACGGAUCAAGGAGGUACCUUGAGAAGAAGUUUCUCGCUGAUAUCAAGGAGACUACGGCCAAAAACCCUCUGGAAGCCAAGGUCGGAGGCGAACCUACUAACAUAGGGCAAGUUCGGGGAUACAUAAGAGUGCUUUCUAUUAGAAGAGAGCUCGGAGCCGACAACGUUGAGCUGCAGACUCUUGGGGACGACCAUUGCUGGGUGCUCAUUUUUUACCUCCUGCGCGCCGGUCUUGUCCAGGAUGCCCUCGAAUAUGUCAUCGACAACGAGCGCGCCAUCAAGAGCAUGGAUCGGAACUUCCCGUCCUACCUCAUGGCUUUUGCGAAUAGCGAUGACAGAAGGUUGGGCGAUGACCUCCAAAACCGUAUUAAUAACGAGUACCAGCAGAGGACACGCAUUGCGCCAGAGAACUCGCUUGAUCCCUACCGCAUGGCAUGCUACAAAAUAGUUGGCCGUUGUGAGCUUAGUCGGACAAGCCUCGAGGGAAUUGGCAAGGGCAUGGAAGAUUGGGCUUGGCUACAAUUUGCACUUGCUCGGGAGGUCAACCGAGUGGAAGAGACUGCUGGCGAGACAUUCACGCUGGAAAACAUCCGGAGCACUGUUGCCGACAUCACUCAACGGCACUUCCAGGGCGCGGAGGCGAACGGACAAUUCGGUGUAUGCUUCCUCCUGCACGUCCUCGUUGGCAUGUUUGAGGAGGGCAUCAACUUCCUGUACCAGCACAGCUACACGGCCGCGGUGCACUUCGCCAUCGCGUUGACUUACUACGGUUUGCUCAGAGUAUCCGACUUCUUUACUGCUGGCGCGGAUAUCCUCACGUUUACGACCCGCCAGAAGCCUCAGAUCAACUUCUGCCGCAUCAUUGGCCAUUACACUCGGGACUUCCGUGCGGCAAAGGCUGAGGCAGCCGCUGAUUACCUUGUUUUGCUUUGCUUGAAUUCUGAUCUCGAUGGGCAGCUUGGUCAGUCACAGGCAGCCACUUGCCACGAGGCAUUACGCGAGCUUGUUCUCGAGACCCGCGAGUUUGCUCAGCUUCUUGGCGACAUCCGCUCCGACGGCACGAGGAUCACCGGUGCUAUCGAGUAUCGUCUGAGACUCAUCGGCUUGACGGACCAACAGGAGUUCCUCAAGAACAUUACCUUGCAAUCCGCCGCUGUCGCUGACGAGGCUGGCCGGACAACCGAUGCCGUUUUGCUUUACCACCUCGCGGAAGAUUACGACACUGUUAUUGCGAUUAUCAACCGGGCACUCUCAGAUGCGAUUGCUGUGGACCUUGGGCAAUCACCACACAAGCUCGAGCCGUUGAAGCCUCGCGCAGUGGGGCAGAAGCCGCAAGCUGGAAGCAGUUUAAGUCUGACAGCUGUUGAGGACCCGGCGCAGCUUGCCAGGAACAUGGCCGCCUUGUACAGUGCGAACGCACUGCAGUAUAACAAGGUUAAGCCACACAACCGUCAAGCACUGAACUCGCUCCUCCAAAUGUCGGAUGCCAAGAAGAUGGUCGAAGCCGGCAACUGGGCUGGCGCUCUUGAUGCGAUCACGGACAUGAACCUCCUGCCGAUGGGUGCCAAGUCCAACAUGGCAGAGAUCCGCCAGACGGCGCAGAACUUCAACGGGCUGCAGCCGGUCGUUGCACGCAACGUCAGCAGUUUGCUCAUGUGGACGAUUAUCUGCUGCGGCCGUCGCCGCGAUGAACUUCGGGCCAGCAAUUACGAAGCGGUUGCGAACAAGCAUGUCGUCGAGCAACUGAUCGUUACCGCCAAGGACAUGAUGAUCUUUGCGGGUCUGGUCAGGUACAAGUUGCCGCCACGUGUAUUCGAGGCACUGGCAAAGGCAGGGCAAGACGCUGGUGCCUAG